AAUCCCAGAAAAAGGGGGAAAUUAAAAAAACGAAAAAUUUGCAUUGGAAGGUUGAGCCAGCCAGGGGAGGUCGCCUUAUACGCCAAGCAAACACACCACAAUCUCCGUUCACCGUUCAUAUAAUCUCCUGCAACUCCCCAUCUCCCUGCAUGCAUUACGCUUCUCAUCUAUUUUUACGAUAGAUGAAUAUCAUUUUGAUUGAUUGUUAAUUAUUUGUCAAAAUCAACACGAUGAGCGGGUUUUCUAGGGUUUCGAUUUCCGACAGUUUGCGAAGGACGAUUGAGGAUAUCAAGGAGAUUGCCGGCCAACACAGCGAUGAAGAUAUUUACGCAAUGCUGAAGGAGUGCAACAUGGAUCCCAAUGAAACCGCUCAGAAACUCCUCUAUCUCGAUACGUUUCAUGAGGUUAAGAGGAAACGUGAUCGGCGGAAAGUGCGGCGAGGGACUAGGGGUGGUGGAAACAAUUAUUCUUCGUAUAAUUCUGCUGAUGUUGUAGGUGGGAGACAACUAAAUGUUCGUCAAGAAAUUUCUCACAGUAGUCCUAUGGCUAUGGGGAGAGAUUCUAAUAAAUCUUCUGUGGCAGUUGUGCACCAAGAAAGCAGUAAAGCACCUGCUAUAACAGGUUCCACAAGUGCUGCCAAUGGAUCAACAAUUGUAUACAAUGGAAGCCCAAUCCAUGAAUUGAACUCUCAAUUAGCUGAGCAAAAUAUCAGAGGUGCCGCCAAAGAAACUCAAACUGUUUGUGAUGGUAUGUCCAAAAAAUUGCCAUCUCUGCGGACUGUUUCCUUGAAGCAAUUUGCAAAUAUAGAUCCCGGUCCUACUCCUACUUCGACACCUACCAAUGCCUCCGCAGCAGCAACAGCUAGAACUCCAGGUGGAAGUUUGAGGCCAAAAUGUAGUCAUGUUGGGAACAGUGUUGGCUUGUACUCUUCUGCAACAGAUCCUGUCUUAGUGCCAUCUCUCAACCCACGGAACCCUGGCUCUGUUGGUAUAAUUAAGCGUGAGACGGGUAAUCAGCGUAGUGCUGCUGAAAUUAGUGGUAAUCUCCUAGAAGACAGCAGAAUGACUGCUGUCGUCAAUGUGACAUUUGGUCAAGUAGCCACAGGAUCUGUUGACUUGACUCAAGAGACACAGCCUAUAGAAGAAUAUCAGGGAGUCGGAAGUAGUCAGGCUGAAUCUUCAAGACUGCCAUCUUCAACUAGUCACCACACUGCUGCUGCCAAGGGUAAUCAAGAAACUUGCUUAGUUCAACAGGAUAAUGCUCCUUCUAAAGAGAUGUGUGAAGAUGUGGAUGUUGCAUCAGAAGCUAAUCUUCAUUCUCUUCCUACUGUGGAGGAUCCUAUUCAAGAGCAAACUACUUCAGAAGUUGAUAAGCUACACUCAGCUACAAAAUCUGUGAUUUUCCCAAAUCAUCUUCAUGUACCUGAAGCAUUUAAAAGUUCUUUGAUGUUUGGAAGUCUGGAGUCUUCUCUAGGAGAGAGCAGCGACUCCGGUCCUAGGGAAGCAUCAAUUGGCACCAAUAUUGAAGCUUCAAAGGAACCUUCAGUAAUGCCUCAGUCUUCAUCCUCGAUAUCUAGAUGCAGCGACUAUCCUGAUUGCCCCCCUUCUCCACCUCAUGUCCUUGUAAACUUAAAAGAAAAUCCUGCUGCGUCUCUGAGAUAUGAGCGGUCGAAACAGGAGAUGCUGCAACCUCACAACCCACCUGCUCCCCCUACCACUUCUGACUACGGUCUGAAUCUCGUACCUCCUGCCGUGCAACUAGAAGGACUUGAAACAAAGGCAUGAAAUCCAAUGGUUCCAUCAUCAUCUUCAACUCAACCCAGAGGAAUUGCUCCGAGCUCUAUGACAGCUGUAUCAGCAGCAGCAGCACCACAGAUGUAUCCUUACCUCCGGCAAACAUAUCCUCCGAAUUACAUACCAUACAACCCUUACUAUUAUAUGCCAGCCCAGCACGCGCACCAGUUGCUGAGCCACAGCGGGUUCCCUCAUCAACCUUCGGCCGGCAACAUGUAUAUGCCUACGGGGGUUAAAUUCCCAGCUUACAAGCCCGGAAAUGUAGCUGGAAACAUGAGCCAAUACGGAAUCUCAUCUGGCUAUGGCUAUGGGCCGCCCCGGAAUGAGGAUAUUGCAGGAGCAGAGCUCAAGGAUAAGAAUAUGUACUCCGCAAUGCCAAUCAAACAGAAGGAGGAUUUGUUGUACAACGUGCCACAAGGACAAGCGAUGGCGUAUCAAGCAGCCCACAAUUCCUUUGGUGGGAUAUAUCAUCAGAGCAUGGUGCCGCCGCCGCCACUGCGAUCAGUCCAUCAACCUCACCCAACCGCUGACACUUCUUAUUCUUCUCAACCACCUCAACACUACGCCCACAUGAAUUGGAACCAAAAAAUGUUCAACAGAGAAACCGUUUGAUUCUGCUCUGUAAAAUACAUAUCCAACACAUUAUCAAAUAAUUCUUUUUGCUCAUUUACUACUAUUAUUCUUGCUAGGUUUUGUUUCUUCACGUGUCUCCCAUGAAGUAGUAUAAAUAAUAAGUUAUUUCUAGUUAAA